AUGGAUUACGACCUCCCGGAGGAAGGAAUAGAGGCCUUCCACUCGCUAUAUGAAAGAUUGUCAUCAUACUUAGUGGAAAAAGAGGCAUACGAUCGAGUCUCGACCUUAGAGGUCGUCAAUGAGGAGCUUUUUGAUCAAGAGCGAGAAGAUGAAACAGAUAUUCAGCUUGUUCCGGCGGCGCUGGACGAUACGCCUCCUAAAGUCAGAGAUCCUACCGAGAAGCGAGGAAUUGAGGUCCCUGAAGACAAGGAGAGCGCAGUCAUCAACGCAUCUCCCCCUCGAACGAAGAAGGAAUUGCAGCGUUUGCUGGGUAAAAUCCAGCCUUUCUCACCAUUGCUGAAGCUGCAGGGGCAGAACGAGUUUGUAUGGGAGCCUAAACAUCAAGGGGCUUUCGACAGAAUCAAGACCUACCUGGCGAGCGGGCCAGUGCUUGUUCCCCCGAGGGCUGGAUUUCCUUUGAAGCUAUAUAUUUCGGCAGCUAAGGCUUCCAUUGGCAGUUUACUCGCCCAGGAUGAUGAGGGAGGCGUCGAGCACGCCAUUUUCUACCUCAGCCGGACAUUGACGAAUUGUGAGACAAGAGGCCGCAUUGGCAAGUGGGUACUGGCCCUUUCUGAAUUUUCGCUGCAAUAUGUCCCUCAAAAAGCUGUAAAGGGACAGGCCAUCGCGGACUUUCUGGCACAUCAUCCUAUGUUGGAUAUACCUGCAAUGAAGGAGUUAGAGAUAGCGACCGCAACUACAACUCGACCAGAUUUGGCGCGCAUUCCAGAGUACGCAGUAUGGUAUCAAGCCACAGUCUCCUUGCAGCCCUGGGCAGAGUAUGAGGCCCUUAUUAUCGGGCUAGGAGUCUUACUGGAAUUGGGAGUGAGGGAUGUUCAGAUCCGCGGCGACUCUCAGCUCGUGAUAAAUCAGCUUCAAGAAAAAUACAGAUGUGUCAGCUGGUUGCUUAUACCAUAUUUGAAUCGCGCCAUUGAGAUUCUGGAUCAAUUUGAUGACGCCGACUUGGAGUACAUCCCUCGCGAGCGCAAUUUCGCAGCCAAUGAACUCGUUCAACUGGCCACAGGUAUUACAUUGAAGUAUGGGGUUCGCGAGCGCAUCCUGAAAGUCGAGCGUCGUACGCUGCCUUCAUGGCUCGCGUGGCCUGACCCUUCGGAUGAUCCGGUCGUAGCAGUCCUAGAACCUAUUGACGUCGAUUGGCGCAUUCCGUUGAUUGAUUACCUCAAACGACCAGAUCCUACAGCAGAGAGGAAGAUUCGCUUUCUUGCCUUAAAUUACUUCCUCAGGGGUGAUGAGCUGCGACGGCGUGGGGAAGAUGGCAUAGACUUCCGGUUUGGUAUCCCCGAGGUGCUCAUUUCAGACCGGGGGGCAACAUUCAUGGGCGGUCUGGUUGAGCAACUUGUCAACGAUUUCGGCAUCCAGUUCAUCCACAGCACUCCAUAUUAUGCUCAGUCCAACGGUCAAGCGGAAGCUAGUAACAAGAUUAUUAUUACCCUGUUAAAGAAGAUGCUGGUAGAAAACCCUCGCCAGUGGCACGAUACUCUGUAUGAGACACUUUGGGCUUAUUGCACCUCCAAGAGGAAUCCCACCGCUACGACACCUUAUGCACUAAUGUUUGGCCAUGAUACGGUUUUACCCUUAGAGAUCAACGUUCAUUCCUUACGCGUACAAGAGCAACAUCACUUGAUCGGUGAAGAUUAUGUCCAGGCGAUGUGGCAAGAACAUGAAGAUUUGAGCGAGCAGCGUUUGACGGCUUUGGAUAAUCUAGUGAUGGAAAAACAGCGGAUCGCUCGCGCCUAUGAUAAGAGAACGCAUGGCCGUAGUUACAAAGAGGGAGACCUUGUUUGGAAAGCUGUUUUACCCUUUGGCGAGAAAUUGACCGGUCGCGGUAAGUGGACUCAGCGAUGGGAAGGACCCUUUGUUGUUCACCGUAUCAUGGAACGCGGGGCUUUUCACCUCAAAGACUUGGAUGGCGACAUCCAUCGCAACCUCAUCAACGGGCGGUUCCUGAAGAAAUAUUACCCUAGUGUUUGGGAGUUCGAAGAUCCACCUGGUCAACCUUCUUCCCAGACAGGGGGGCAACCAUAG